UUCCCCGGGAGCCGGCGGCGUCCUCAUGCGGGCGCCCUGCGGGGAGCCCGCCCUGGAAGAGUCCCUGGAGCUGUACCAGAGGCGCCUCCGAGAGCGUGCUAGUGAAAGCAUCCAUCAACUGAAAUAUGCUUUGGAGGAAACACAGUUUGCAAAGGAGGAGGGUGAAGUUGGAUUUGACCAGUCCUCUGUGGACAAGGGCAGUGAUGAUGUGGACAGGGGCAACGAUGACAGUGGGAAUGCAGCCUGGCAGGAACUGCAGCACAGUCAUGCAGUUAAUCAACUUAAAAUUUUGUUGCAACAUCAAGAAAGAAUGGAAAGUGAAGUCUCUCCUUCAAGGAGGAAGAUGUCGUUCUGUAAAAGAAUACAAAGAAGGGAGAUUUACCCUUUUACAAAUAAACCCCCAGAAGCUGCAACUGGAGACUUACCAGCCCUUUCUGAUCUCGUUCCUAUAAUCAAUGAUCAGUCACAGUACAUUAACCAUUUAGAAGCAGAAGUGAAGUUUUGCAAGGAGGAAUUGUCUGGGAUGAAAGAUCGAGUACAAGUAGUUGUACUUGAAAAUGAGGAACUCCAUCAGAAACUGAAAUUCUUAACUGCGGAACAUACGUUGAGAGAACAAACUCUUCUAGAUGCCUCGGCAAAUACUCAGAACUCUUGGCCUGUAGGUGGUAAUGACUGUAGCAUGCGUCAGCCUGUCACCUCAUCACCAGCACAUAACAAAGAUCAGGCUUUUCUAACAGCAGCUGUUGGAGAAAUAGAAAAAUGGCCUGUACAACUGGAGAAACUAAAACUUCUUUAUCAAGAAAAAGUCAAUAUCCUUGAUGCUCAAAUACAGUCUCUAAGAAAAGACCUUUCAGAAUCUCAGAAGACAUGCAAAGAUUUGGAAGGAAGGCUAAAACACCAGAAGUCACUUGUUUCAGCCAUGAAUUCUAGCCGGGUUGGUGGUCUGUGUCUGAAAUGUGCACAACACGAGGCAGUUCUUGCACAGACUCAUUCUAAUGUUCACAUGCAGACCAUUGAGAGGGUAACAAAAGAAAGAGAUGACUUAAUGGAUGCACUUGUUUCACUGAGACGAAACAUGAAAGAGAUGCAGCAAAGAGAAUCUAAUGCUUGUGAGCAAGUUAAACAAGCUGUGCAAAUGGCAGAAGAGGCCAAUUUAGAAAAAACAAAGGCUCUAGUCCAGUGUGAGCAGCUGAAAAGUGAGAUGGAACGGCAGAAGAAUCGUCUUGAACGGGAGUUAGCUGCCCAGCUAAAUAAGAGGACUGAUGAAAAAGAAGCACUGCGGGAAGAAAUGAAGAAGGAAAGGGAGGACUUGGCAGCAAUGGUGACGGCCAUGUCUGAGAAUGUGGCCAUGUUGGAGGCUCAGGUAGAGAGAAUUACAAGGGAAAAGAACUCUCUAGUUAACCAAUUAGAAGAAUCACAACAUCAGCUUGCAUCUCAUGAAAUGGAGAUGAAUAAGGUGUGUGGAGAAAUGCGCUAUCAGUUGAAUCAAACCAAAAUGAAGAAGGAUGAGGCAGAAAAGGAGCUCAGAGAGUACAGAACAAAAACUAUAAGGGAGCUUGAAAUUAAGGACCAGAAAAUAGAAAAACUAGGAUUAGAGCUGAAUGGAAACAAACAGCGUUUGGAACGAGCCCAGCAGGAUGUGACAGGAGCCAGAGAGGAGUGCCUAAAACUGACAGAACUGCUGAGUAAAUCUGAGCACCAACUGCACCUCACCAGAUUGGAGAAAGAGAGCAUUCAGCACAGCAUUAGCAAUGAAGCAAAGGCCCGAGCCCUUCAGGCCCAGCAAAGAGAGCAGGAGCUGACACAGAAGAUGCAGCAAAUGGAGGCCCAGCAUGAGAAAACUGUAAACGAACUGGAUUCAUUGCUGACCUCCCAGAAUACAUUCAUAGCAAAAUUAAAGGACGAAUGUUGUAUGUUGGCAAGGAAGUUGGAACAAAUGUCAGAAAAAUACAGAUCUGAAGUCAACCAGCUUAGUCAGGAAAAAGAGUAUCUUCAUGGCAGAUUGGAGAAGAUGCAGAAACGGAAUGAUGAAUUGGACCAACAAUGUAUCCAGCAUGGGAGAAUGCAUGAGAGGAUGAAGUCAAGGUUACAGCAGCUUGACAAGCACUGCCAGGCCACUGCCCAGCAGUUAGUGGAGUUGCUCAACAAACAGCAUCAGCUCUUCAAAGAGAAGCAGCUGCUUACAGAAGAGGUACAGUUUCUGCGAACACAGGAAAAAAAAUGGGAUGCAGAUCUCAAACAGGACACAGAUGGAAUCAAGUAAAAACCUGGAUGGAUAAAGAGAAAUGAGCAGAAGUCUGCUCUGCACCUGGCUGAAACUUGUCUGAGGCUCACCCAAAGACACCUCUGCAGAAAACAGGCACGCUUGCUGGCUAAUUUCAGCUGGUUUCUAUUUGUUUUCAACUACAGAAUCAUAAAUAUUUUGAAGCCUUACCAGCCUACCAAACUUCCUAGGAAGACAGCUGAGACUUUUUCAGAAAAGACGAGGCUUGCAAGCCAGUUUUAACAGCUAUUACGUAGUGUGGACUUAAUUCGUAAUUUGUACAAUUUUUUAUAAAAUGUUUUUAUCUAUUUUUAUAAUUGAACAUAGAUGUCUUAUUUACAGGCUGAAAUACCAAUAAACUUAAUUGGA